AUGCCUGCGUCAACACCUACAACGACGGUCCAGCUCCAAUGCAUGAAACAAGGCGGACCAUUGGAGAUCGUUCAUGUACCAUAUCCGACUCCGAAGGAAGAUGAAGUCUUGAUUCGCCAGAAGGUGGUCGCUUUCAACUUGGUCGACACCAAACAGCGAGAUUUUGCUGUCCGCAGCAGCAAGUUCCCGUGUGUGUUAGGACUGGAGGGCGGCGGUGUGGUUGAGGCCGUUGGAGACGGAGUUACGAGAUUCAAAGUUGGCGAUGAGGUGGCUGGAUGGGAGUGGGAAGCUUUUCAGGAAAGAGUGGCUGCGAAAGAGGGCAUGCUCUUCAAGAAACCAAGCAAUCUGACUUUGGUGGAGGCUGCAUCGAUGCCAGAUUGCCUGGUCACGGCGAUCUCGGCCAUUGUCACUGCCCUGCACAUUCCGCUGCCGUUCUUCAGCAGCCUCCCUGCCGAAGGAUCACCGCCAUCGUCAGUCCUCAUUCUCGGCGGUGCAUCGGCUGUGGGUGCCAACGCAGUCCAGCUGCUGGGAGUUGCAUAUCCAUCGCUGCCUAUCAUUGCUACGGCCUCUUCGAAACACCACUCCCAUAUCACCAACCUUGGAGCCAGCCAAGUCGUCGACUACAAGUCUAGCUCUGUCACUGCAGAUAUCAAAGCUGCUUCGCCCAACGGUAUCGGCGUUGAUAUUAUCAUCGACUGUGUCGCAGCGGGCGCCAGCCAGACCGAUAUUUGCGAUGCGUUGGACAAGAACGGGUCGAAGAGGUACAGCAGUGUCUUUACCGGAGUUGAUAUGCCUGUACUAGAAGGUGUAAACAAGAUUGUUACUUUAGUAAACUUGGCGCUUAAUAGACCUAGAGGAAACGAAAUAAUCGCGGAGAUAACGAAGCUAGUAGAGAAGGGUAUAUAUAAACUACCUCUACCGGUUAGAGUUAUUAGAUACGGUCUAGAGGCGUUAGUAGAUAUCUUAGACGAGGUUAAGAAAGCUAGCUAUAAAAAACCUAUUCUAAUAUUAUAA